ACAAGUGUUUAGCGUCGCAGUUUCCGGUUCCUAGCGGGUCGCUUUCAGGGGUUGAAAGGGUUUCCCCAGCCUCUGGAGAUCUUUUUUAGACCUGGAUGUGACGUAUUGAAGAAGCCGACGGAAAUAGAAUUGAAAGCGUUCUAAAAUGGCGAACCGUACGGUCAAGGAUGCCCACAGCAUCCAUGGCACCAACCCUCAGUACUUGGUGGAGAAAAUCAUUCGGACUCGAAUCUAUGAGUCAAAGUACUGGAAAGAAGAGUGCUUUGGACUUACGGCUGAGCUUGUAGUCGACAAAGCCAUGGAGUUAAGGUUUGUGGGUGGUGUCUAUGGUGGAAACAUAAAGCCAACCCCUUUCCUGUGUUUAACCUUGAAGAUGCUUCAAAUUCAACCUGAGAAAGAUAUCAUUGUUGAGUUCAUAAAAAAUGAAGAUUUCAAGUAUGUCCGCAUGUUGGGGGCGCUUUACAUGAGGCUGACGGGAACUGCAAUUGAUUGCUACAAGUACUUGGAGCCUUUGUACAAUGACUAUCGAAAAAUCAAGAGCCAGAACCGCAAUGGGGAGUUUGAAUUGAUGCACGUGGAUGAGUUCAUUGAUGAACUUUUGCACAGUGAGAGAGUCUGUGAUAUCAUUUUGCCCCGGCUACAGAAACGCUAUGUGCUGGAGGAAGCUGAGCAGCUGGAGCCUCGAGUUAGUGCUCUGGAAGAGGAUAUGGAUGAUGUGGAGUCCAGUGAAGAGGAGGAAGAGGAAGAUGAGAAGCUGGAAAGAGUGCCAUCACCUGAUCACCGACGAAGAAGCUACCGAGACUUGGACAAGCCAAGACGCUCCCCUGCACUGCGCUACAGGAGGAGUCGGAGUCGGUCUCCCAGGAGGCGAAGUAGAUCCCCCAAAAGAAGAAGCCCUUCUCCCCGUAGAGAAAGGCAUAGGAGCAAGAGUCCACGACGACAUCGAAGCAGAUCCCGAGACAGACGACACAGAUCCCGCUCUAAAUCCCCAGGUCACCACCGUAGUCACAGACAUAGGAGUCAUUCAAAGUCUCCUGAAAGGUCUAAGAAAAGCCAUAAGAAGAGCCGGAGAGGAAAUGAGUAAUGGAUUCAUUGUUAUUUAAGUCCAGAUGGCCUCCUGUGAAUAUGAGAAUAUCUGUCUAAGUGAAAUGAUCAAGAUCUCCUCUUCAGGCAGCUAUGAGUAUUUUGGGGCCAGGUGUUUGUUUGGUUGGUUUUGUUUUGUUUUUAUUUUAAUAUUACAGAGGUGCUAAGUUUUGUAUCUCUUUGAAUUAUAAUCAACAUCUUUGAAGGGUGUUUUUGACCAAAUCAAGGUCAGGUUUUGACCUAACCAACUAUGGUUAUUCAUACUUAACAAGGGUCAGGAGGACCUGGGAGUUGGGGAGAUUCAUGAGAAUGAAGAGAUGUAGCCACAUGGUGAUCCUUUUAUUUGUAAUUAAACCUGGCACAAUUGUCAUUUUUCCCUAGUUUCUAUUUUGGUUUCUCUAUGAAAACCUGACAAUCCUGUGAUUUAUGCUGCUGCAACCAAGCUAGUAGUAAUUCCAUAGCAGUAGUACAGUAAACACAAAAAGUUACUAGUUAGCAGUUUUGUAGGAACAGAAUACAUUCAAAUGUAAAGCUUUUUCUGGAUUUUUUUAAUUCAGUUUCAUUAAAACAAUUCAACAUGAUUGCACGUAACAUCCUUAAUACAAGCCAAGUACAGUGGUUUGCACCUGUAAUCUGAACAGGUUGAAGCAGAAUACUGUUUGUAGUUUUGACCUAAGCUGCUAGAUAACAUUAGAGACUGCUUUUAGAGGAUAUGGGAGUACGAAGGUUGUGGUGGUAAUGAAAAUGACACAUUCAAUUUAGCAAGUUUAAGACAUAGAUAGAAAUAGGAACUCGUGGGGUUCAACAUAGUAAUCUAGGCCACAGCUGACAAUUGUUAAAGAUGUUUAGAUGAAUACCCAGGGAGUAUGAAUAGAUUUAAGAACAAAUAGCAGCACCACAGGCAAUGUCAACACUGUGACUAAUAAUACAGGUCACCUAGUAAAUGCUGGAAUGAGCCAUUCACAAAAGUAGAUCAGGUCAAGGACACUGAAGGGUCUGAAGCUAUAUAAGCAAAAUAAAACUUUAUUAAGUUCAUAGGCACUGAUACUGGAGAGUAUUACUAUCUUAGCUAAAACAGUUCCUUUUGCCUGUACUUACCUUUCCUCCUUUAAGAGGGUAGAAAUGAUUGACUUCUUGUAAUUCUAAUCCUAAGAAGAAUUGUAAAGACUAGCUGCCUUAUAGGAAGUUAUAUCUGGUCCUAGGAUAAACAUUUUUAUUGUUUGCUGUUGACUGGGAGGGCUUUUGUAGCAAUAUUAAAGCAGUUUUUAUCAAUUUGCAUUUUUAUAUUCUUUAAUGAUUUCUCUAACCAUGAUACCUAAAUCAAUAAAGUUGUAAGAUAAGACCUA